AUGAACUCUACCCGUCCGCGGAGUGAAGGAGAACAGGUCGGCAGCACAAUCGGCCGGGAGAAGGACACUUUACGGUCGUCUCAAUCGCAUGUGGACUCAAGACCAGAGGAGAGUCCACGUCGACCCGGAGCUCCGUCCUUCCACUCGAACAAUGCAAUCGUGACACCUCCAGCUACAGCGUCAGUGAUGCCCGCAGGUACUCUUGGAACAGUUAGCGGGGCUUUAGGGGGGUCGGUACGGUCGAUCGCGUCAGUUAAGCUUACUUCGAGAGUGGGGAGCCGACCACGCCCAAUUCCACGUCUCAAGAAGCGAGUGCGAGCCUUAAUCACGCGACUGCGCACCCCCAUGUCCCCGUUUUCCAGAACUGCGCGCGUUCGUAGCUUCAUUUUGCUCAUCGCCUUUUGCGUCCACACGCUUGGGUUUCCGUACGAGGAAGCUUUUCACAAUGGUGGCCGCGCGUGGUUCAUAUCCAUUGAUGCUACAACGGAAAUGAUCUUCUUCGCCGACUUCCUGCUGGCUUUCAACACGAGCUUUGUCAAUAAACGAGGAGUGCUGGUGGUCUCAAGACGACACAUUGCCUGGAAUUUUCUCACGGGGUCGUUCGUGUUCCAGCUCCUGGCUGCAGUUCCGAUCGUGACGGCUUCAAUAAUGACUAGUGGUGGCGCGGGCAAUGCUGUUUACCUGGAGUCGGUGAAUGAUGCGUUCCAACGGUUCUCUCAUACUCUGAUCGACAUGGCAAUUCGGUCCCAUCGCAUCGUUCAUAUCUUGCGGUUGCUUCGAGAAGUUGGUCAAGUCCGCGACGCUCGAAUCGACAAGUCAGUAUUAGGCUGGUUGCUGUAUUCGCGCUACUCGCACUUGCUACGGAUUGUUUGGAUUGUUGGUGCUGUCAUGCUUAUUGCGCAUUGUGUGGCGUGCUGCUGGAGACUGCUGCUCAUCGACUCCUCCGCUGUCGAUCCCUCUUCAAUCAUGGCAAGAACAUGCGGGGCGCCGAUCGACCCGACUGUGGAGCUAGAAGUGUAUGCUGAAUGUUUUUACGUAGCGAUGCAAAUGCUGCAAGGACAGAGUCUCACGACGCACUCGGUCAGAGAAAAUGUGUUCGCGUCCUGCGUCAAUCUGCUCGGCUCCAUUGUGCUAGCCGUGAUUUUCGGCCAUGUUGCGAUGCUUGUGGCAAACUUCAACGCCAACUCGACGGCCUACCAGCGGAAAAUGGAGUCCGUGUUCGCUGGAAUGACCAAGAUGCAGCUUCCAGCUCCACUGAGGGAGCGAAUACACCAGUACUACGCUCACCUCUGGCGUGAAUACGAAGCUCUGGAUGGUGCUCCCUUAGAGAGGUUUGCAAAGGAACUCUCACACAACCUCACUCUGGAGGUUGUACUGUUCAAGUACAUGGAGUUGGCCAUGCACGUCCCCUUCUGGGAGAACUGUUCACCCGAUUUCCAGAAGACCCUGGUGCUGAGUCUAGACACUCGCGUGUAUCUCCCAGACGACUUUAUUGUGCGACGCGGUGAGGUGGGGAACGAAUUCUACAUGAUCAACCGAGGCAUGUGUGAGCUGGUUGGGAGUAACGACACUCAAGAGCAUGCGACGGAGCCGCUUGCUCGACGACGUUCUGCAGCUACGGAUCACAGUGAACACCCUGCAGACACUUCAACACUGUACACAACUUCGUACGAUGGAACUAUUUAUCCAGAUCGCGAUGAUCUAGGUCACGGUGUCCACCACCACGGCCGUAGUGCCCGCGCCGCGGCUCGAUAUGCUCACGUGAGCCCCGAUGGGUUUACCCAGAUGAAUGCGUCCGUCAAGGCGUUGACGCGCGGACAGGCGUUCGGCGAGAUGGCGUUACUCAUGAACUACCAGCGCACCGCCAACGUACGCGCCAUGACGUACGUCGAGAUGUGCGUGCUCAGUCGCACUGCCUUCCAGGCCGUGUUGACCAGGUACCCGGCAGACCGAAAGCACGUCAUUUCGCAGAUUUUGAUCUCGUCCCUGGAAAACAACGAGCGAUUCGGGAUUCCUUGCCCUCUCACCGCCAUGGUUCGCUCUGUAUUUGCUGGCGAGGUGGACGGAGCCGGAAACGGCGACAAGUUCAUCACGCCUCGACGCGCUGCUAAACUCAUCGCGUGGGCGGUGAAUCCGGACGUCGAGGAUGACUCGAUCAAGUUCGCGCUGAGUGCAAAGCUAAAGGACCAGCUCGUAGUCGUUCGAGACCAGGAGUUUGGCGUUCCGACGCAUUCAGAGGAAGAAACCCCGCGUCAAUCGGAGCCCGAAGUCGAGUCGCAAGUCAUGAAGCUCGAGAGCGUGCAGGCACAAGCUUUGGCGUUGAUCCAAGAGCUGCAGCGCGGGGUUCAAGACUCGCUGUACCCUCCCAGUCCGCCGCAACAGAUCGCGGUCCCCACGAUUCAGCAGCGGCGAUCUCGAUUCGUGAGCGCGCGCUCCACUUCAGCGCCGAACUUCGCGGAUCUCGACUCGACAGCGGGUCGAGCGGCUGACACGAACGCGAACGAAGAGGCCGACAAGGACGAAGACAAGGUCGCCAAGCCUCCGCAGACGCCUCCGAAGCCCAUACAGCGCGCGGUGACUGCGCGGUGGCUGAAAACGUCCGAGAGCUCUCGACCCUUGAGGAACCCCAACACGUUCGCGCCAUUGGUGCGACCUCGAGGCCCCACGGGGAGCAGCUCGCAGCGGUUCAUCCAGCGCGUGACGAACCAGUUGGCGAGCCUGGCCACCUCGUCCACCUCGACAGCUUCAGCCUCGCCCACGAGGUACGCCGACCAACUCUUCGGGACCGUGCAGCCCAGCUUAGAUGGCGCGCCCAGUGUGAACGAGACGUCGUACAGAGAUGAUAGCAACGUGUCCGAGGCGCGGUAUUAG